GGAUCUUGCCACCUGACACCGUUCGUCCCGACUGCCACUCGCCGCAUUCGAACAAGACGACACCGGACCAGUCCGAUUGCAGAACAUCAAGACGUCACCCACCCCAGGCCGAGAAGCGACUUCAGUCGAAAGAAGCCUCUUUUCCUCCACCUGUUCUCCCAGUUCAUGAGGAGAGCCGUGCUCACCUCGAUCCAUUCACCUCGGCCACUUUUCAUCUGAUAUCGCGCACCUUCCUCGCCUGCCCACCCGGACCCUGAGAGCACGUCGUCCACUUGGCCAAGAUCAAGCAUCCCGCUCUGUUUUGUAUCGUUACGAACAAAAUUUCUUACGAUGAGUAAAUUCUUCGUCUCCUGGGAGCUGUGGCAGCAGAUGACCUUCAUCCUAGCCUUGGCCAUCUGCGUUGUCUUCAUCAUUGGUUUCAUCAAGCUAUGGUGGACAAACAGAUACAUUGCGAAGAUCGAGAUUAUUGACGCCGAGAAGAGAGCGCACGCUGCGGAGCUCGAAUCAACCGGUCUGCCGCCACCCCCACGGAAGCAAUCCGACAUCCCAUUCGGCGUCCGCGCCAUUCAGUCCGGAAUUGAGGUCGACGGAAUCUGGAUCUCUCGCCCCAAUACGCCGUCCCUCGACUCUCCUCCCAACUCAGCCAAGGGUAAGGGAAAAUAUGUCGCUCAGGGUCCUAUUUCGCCUGCCUCGACGAUUUCCGACCCCUUUGGUUCCCCAACUUCGUCCCGCGGCGGUACCGGCCCUCAAACAUACCGUCCCAAGUCUUCCCACAACCCCGUUUCCAGCAGAGCCGACGCCCUGAGCCAGCUUGAAGGCAAGCCUCAGGAUUCUCCUGCCUACGCCACAUACCAGCCCCGAGGCGGCAAGGAGUCCUCCGAGGCCUCGGACGAGGCCGGAAGCCCCGUCAGUCCCAUCGAUCGCUCUUCGUACAACGGCAUCGACGUUCGGGUGCCCAUUCGCGCCUCCCCUGUCAACCGUCACCUGAACAACGUCCGCAAUGUUAGCGGAGGCAAGCCGCAGCCCGUGACGGGUCACGGUGUCCGCGCCCUCAGCGGUAGUCUCCAGAACCCCAAGAACGGCAAGGGCUAUGCUACUAUUCCUCAGAUAUCGCCUGGCGCAGGCGAUUUUUCCGACCCCUUCGCGACCCCUUCUCGGUCGCCGGUCAACACCCCCAGUGCUGACCAAGCUCACCUUCACUCCCAACAGGGCCCUCACGUGAAGUUCGCGCCCGAUGAGUACAUCAGCAGCCAGCGCUACCCUAGUGAUGGCAGCAGCGGUACCAGCGGAAGCAGCAGCCAUCGCCCUUAGGGAGGACGGGGGCUUGGAACUGACACCAAAGCAGGGGAGCAUUCAGCCGGACUGGAAGUAGACUGGGAGCAGCAUUGGAUAGUAAAGCGAUUUGUCACAUUUGUCCCGCGAGGCCCUCACACACUGGAGAUUAAUAUCGUACACUGUAUCAUUAACAAGGCUGCAACAAUGGCGGCAGCAGGAAGGAACCCAGCGAGGGAUGUGGAUUUUUCCACCUCGUGCCACUGCGAGGAUGGGUCAGGAUGGCGUUCAGGCAUGUAAAAAAAAAGAAAAAAAGGAAGGGACGAUGGGAUCUGAAUCUCUCGUCGACCCUCCUCCUCCUCCCCCGAGGACGGGAGAGGAGAGUCCGACUAUCCUUAAGCACAGACGCGCACAGCAUUCAUAUCGGAAUAAAGAACAAACAGAAAGACCGCACGACCUUUGGUUCUGCUUGAAAUACUGUGCAGACUUCGAAAGACGCUCCCGCCCGAAUUGUGACGUUGGGAAAAAAGAUAUCUGAUACCUCUGUGAAGAAAGGAG